UGGAGGCGGUGCAGUGUUCUGAGCGGAACGCAGCGUUGAAGCCGGGAGCUGAAGCUGAGAGCGGAGCCCGGCACAGUCACAGGUUUGACAUCCUGAUGGGGUAUCCACGCUUCAUCUUCUUAAGCUUGCUCAAACGUUCUUUCAAGGACACUAUGAGGAUCUCCAACUUCUUCUGGUGCCCAACAUUAAUUGUUUUCCUCCUGAUGUCACUGACGACAGCAAUAAACUCAGAGAAGACUGCUAAUCACACUUCCAAUGGUUCUGAAGCAGUAUUGGAGUCAUUACCUGUGAUCACCUCUAUGGUAGACCACAUCAUUGUGAAAGAAGGAAAUGGCGCGGUCAUUCACUGCAAUAUCGAGGGUCAUCCUUAUCCUCACUUCCAGUGGUAUCAUUCCAAUGGGCACCUACUAAAGGAGGAGAAUGAAGGAAAAUUGUGGAUUCUUGAUAGUGGGCUUUUAAACAUCACUACUGUGUCAUUUGAAGACAGAGGAAAGUACACUUGUGUUGCUACAAACUCUCACGGCACUGUAAAUAAUACAGUUACCCUGCGGGUCAUUUUUACCUCUGGGGACAUGGGCAUCUACUAUAUGAUAGUCUGCCUGGUUGCUUUUACUAUUGUGUUGGUGCUGAAUAUAACACGACUGUGCAUGAUGAGCAGCCAUCUGAAGAAGACCGAGAAAGCCAUUAAUGAUUUCUUUAGGACGGAGGGGCCAGAAAAAUUGCAAAAGGCUUUUGAGAUUGCAAAAAGAAUACCUAUUAUCACUUCUGCCAAGACACUGGAGCUUGCCAAAGUUACUCAGUUUAAAACAAUGGAAUUUGCCCGAUAUAUUGAGGAACUGGCCAGAAGUGUGCCCUUGCCACCACUUAUUAUGAAUUGCAGGACCAUAAUGGAAGAGAUUAUGGAAGUGGUUCGCUUGGAAGAACAAGGUAAUGCAUUUCUACGACAAGGAGCUGUUGGUCAGGAGGUUUGUGAUGUGGACGAGGUGUUCAUCAUUCCUAAAGCUUUACAACGGGGUGAGUCUCCAACAGCGGAUUCGGAUGCCUCUUCUCUCCAUGAACCACCUCGGCAAAUUGCCAUUACGGUCUCUGUACAUGCAAUGGCAAAAAAACAGUGUCUAGAUACAGAUUCUCAGGACAGUAUACAUUCAUGCACGAAAGAAGACUCUACAUCAAAAGCAUGUACGGACACUUCUGAACCAAGCGAACCUCCAGCUGAAAACACUACAACAUGCAUUAUAUACGAAAGCCAUGUCUAGAUAGAAAGUCUAUGCAUAUUACUAAUAGGACACACACAGCACCUUAUAGAGAAGAUGUAAAGAAGUAUUGCCACUUAGCCUUAGUAAAAUAAACCACCAUUCUUGCUCAAAUCAUUUUGUGGCUAAAUUUGCUCACUGAGUAGAGCUGUAUGGUACUAAAUUACUGCUGGUAUCACUGGAUUUUCACCCAUACAUUUACAUUAUAGUGCAGAGAAAUCUCCUAUUUCGGAAAAAGAAAAUCCAGUAGAAUCUAAUGUAUCAAGUAUGUCUUUAAUAUUUUGUGGUUCAUUGACAUGUCUAAUUCUUUACAUGCUUUUGUCAGUUGAAAUGUGUCCUGAUACCUUGUGAGUAUUGUUUCAGACUAUGAGAAGCAAAUGCUUGCCUAAUGGCAUCUCCCUUUCGACAAAUAACGGAACUAGCCAUUGAUAUGUGUUCCAGAUGCAUUAGAAAGCCCAUGGGCCUUGUCACUAGACAAUCUCGAUUGCUGCUCUGUCUUCAGGUGUAUGAUCAAUAUAUUGUGUCCUUCAAAACAGAUUAGUGGCUUAAAAGGGUCAGAUUAAGUGAUCUGAUUUUUUUUUCAAAAACAAAGUGAGCUCUUCUCUCUGUUGAGGGAGCGCUGAUCUGGAUUGAAAUUCUGUAAAAUAAUAAAACAAAAAAAACACUGUGAGCUGAGCUCAUGGAAGUGGCAGAAAACACCAAAGACCAGCGAUUACAUAGUUCCUUCCUAAUGUAGUCUGCUGUACUGUGAGCGUUGGUGAAUAUAUUCCUUGUCACACCCUGGGAAAAGGCAGCUGCCCAACUACAGACCUGUUUGCUGUUAGACAGGAUCUGCCAUCUUUAUUUAUAGUGUACAACUUGUUCAUCAACCAAAAGUAUUAAAUCAGAGAAGUUAAAAAAAAAAAUGUUCUCUAUAAACCUUUUUAUAAUCCGUAGACACCGUUUUCUCUGCUGUUUUCCAUUAGACAUUAGGACAUUAGUUUUGUAAGGCUAAUCAAAAGUUAUGUUUGCCAGGUCUAACUAAUUUCAGCGAGAUCAAGUCACAGUCCAAUAUUGGGUGAAGUUACUUUAAAGACCAUCUGUCUGCAGGAUCUUCUUAAACCAUCCAUAAUGCCUGGUAGGAGUGACCCUGCUGAUUUAAAAUGAUAGCCUUCUUCCCCCUGAUCCAUUGCUCCAUUUAGGAGAAAUAAGUGUUGUAAAAAAUAUGCAAAUUAGGGUUUAAGUUCACUAAUCGCUCCACUUCCAAGGACACUCGCCCCACCACCUGGACACCUGGCUAAGGUCCACCCAUGGUACACUUAAGCCCUAAUAUGCUUUGUUUAAAAAAAAAUUAUAAUCUUCCCCUAAAUACAGCAACAGAAAAGGUAUGUUUUGAAAACAGCAGGGUCAGCCCUACCAGGCCGUAUGGCUGGCUUAAUUGGCAUCUGUCAGCAGAUUUGUUCCUAUGACACUGGCUGACCUGUUACAUGUGCGCUUGGCAGCUGAAGACAUCUGUGUUGGUCCCAUGUUCAUAUGUGCCCAUAUUGCGGAGAAAAAUUGUUUUACUAUAUGCAAAUGAGCCUCUAGGAGCAACGUGGGCGUGGCCAUUACUGCUAGAAGCUCUGCUCUCUCUGCAACUGCUACACCCACCCUCUGCACCUUGACUUUAGAAGAAGUCAGGGCUAGGUGUGAGGAUGUUUUCACUGCCUGGCCCUGUCAAAGUGCAGAGGACACAGCAGUUGCAGAGAGAGCAGAGCCUCUAGGUGUAACGGCAAUACCUCUGUUGCUCCUAGAGGCUCAUUUGCAUAUAUUAAGACAUAAUUUUUCUCAGCAAUGUGGACACAUAUGAACAUGGGACCAACACGUAGAUGUUCAGUCAAGUUGAACAUCUAUGAUAAUGGGAAAACUGGACAUAUUAGCAUUCAACAUUUGUUAUGUCACGCAAGCUAUUAUGCAAAGCCUAUUGACAGGUGUGGCACUGUUCCUGGAAGAAAGCAGCCAUGUUUGUGAAAUACUGGACAGCUCCUUUUAAAGCAGAAGCUUUGGAAACUAUAUAGCAAAAUAUUUGCAAAUAAAAAAGUAAGGGUUUUAGAUUACAAGUCUCCGAAUUGUACUGAAACCAGUGUUCUCACUCCUCCAGUUUUCUUAGACAGAGUGGGAAUAGUCAUGUUGUGUGCCAAGCUAAUCAUGGUCAGUCCAAGAGCAACAAGUGUAUGCCCCAGACACAAGUGCCUCAUGCCUCAGUUAUUACUUCCCCUGUCCACUGGAUAGGUGAGAACUGCUUGCUUAGUGAGAGUUCGAGAGCUGGGAUCCUCACCCGAAUUCUACUCCAGUGUCCCUCCAUUCGAAAUGGAUUGGUGGUCAAGAAUGCACACUGCUACUCCAAAGUCUGUGGGAUUGAUAAAGAUUGCCUACACUUAGCUGUCUCAGUCAGUGCCAUAAAUUUUGAAUGGAACAGCAGCACUAAUGCUCAACCGCUGCUCUAUUCAGAUAGAGAACACAGGAACCCCGUUCUGGUAAUUGGUGGGGGAGCCAGGUGUCAGACUCCCUCUUAUCUAUUAUUUUUUACAUAUCCAGUGCACAGCUGAUAAUUGCUUAUGACCGGGAAGGCUCCUUUCAGUUAGUUGUAUACAAUAUAUAAUUGCCAGAUGAAAGAUCUCUGAACAAUUAAUAUACCUGCUUUACCUAAUGUAGUUCAUGAGAGCAGACGUGUUGUGAGGGUUUGUCAGACCACACAGACCUAGACAUUAGGUAAUUCUUGACAGAUCCUUCUGACAGCCUUCGAAUGAAUAGUUUUUGCAGUCACACAUAAAUAAUUAGCACUCUUAAGAAGAUGACCUUCAUUAUAAGAAGGUCACUGGCUUUAAGGGUUUUCCUGAUUUGUAAGAUAUUGAUGACCUAUCUUCAGGAUAGGUGAUCAAUACCUGAGUGGUGGGGGGCUGACUCUCGGCACUCCUGCCGUACAGCUGUUUGAAGAGCGAUGCAGCCUCUUCCUAAGCCGGUGGCAUCACGUUAAUCUGUCACGUGACAUAGGCACAGCUCAGUCCCAUUCAAGUAAAUUGGCCUGGGCUGGAAUACCAAGCACAGUCCGUUUUCAAAUAAUAGUACUGUGCUUGGUAUACUGUGAGGAGGACAUAGCUCUCACAGCUGGUCGGUGGUGGUGGUGCUGGGUGUCUGAACCCCACCAAACAGAUAUUGACUUAUCCUAGACUAGCCUCUUUAAAAAUGAAAAUUUUAUUCUGUAAGCCAUGGAGAAACUCAACUGAUCAUUUAUAAUACACACAGGGUGGCCACAUGUGGCUUGCAUGCUUCUCUUAUGUAUACUUGCCAACUUGUAAGGGUUGCUGCCCAGGAGAAGUGAGAAUGUGGCUCGCACAGUGUGGCCCUAACAUUUUAUGACCCAUUUACAUGUCCCUUUUUAGAAGACCUCUUUUGUGAUGCAUCACACACCUUUUCAUGACAUGUCACAUCAUGCAAGCAAGCAUGGGUGUUGGCUUUGGCUGAUGACAUAGCAUCCCCUUGCCACAUACAGUUAGAACAUAUAAAGGGCUGCAGCCUUCCAUGCACUUCUUUGGGAAAUGUACCAGCUCUUCCAAGAGGUUGGGAGGUUUCCCCUUUUUCCAAGAGCCUUACAGGCGUUCCAUGAGGGUUGGCAAGUAUGUGUUUUAUGCAGCUUUGUAAUGCACCACCGAUGCCAAAUAAGAAUCCAGGAUUCAGUGAGACAGAACCAGAUUCCUAGCAAGGUCAUUGAUCCUUUUUGCAAGACUUGUCUUGUCCCGUGUUGAUCUAUGAUUGCAUGGAUUGCCACUGGAGGAGAUGGCUAGGCUCAAGUGACUGUUUCUUACAUGAAAGUUCCAGACAGAGGAGUAGAGAGCUGUGAAGGAUUAAUCAUGACUGAAAUUAUAGGUACUACUGCUUGCAUGGCACAGAUUUGGUCAAUGUUUGUGUUUGCUCUACUAUUAGACUUAUCACUUCCGUGCAGUGACUUUUCAUACUGAGGAUCAGUGGCAGUCCAGAGGUUGAAGCCUCACCAAUCAUCAAAGCGUUGACAUCCUAAAAGAUGGGAAAACCCUUUUAAGAGAGUGGAGUGAGUAAUAACAAAACUGCGAGAUAUGUUCCACUGUGCCAGUUUACCACUUGAUUCGGUAAAGCUGGAGAAUAUGUAAUCUGUGCCACAUAAAGUACAUUCUUCCUCAUGUUCUUCAUUUAUUGAUGCAGUAAAUGAAGACAGGUUUCCAGAAUUGUAGAAGCUGCUAAAUCCAAAGUCCAUAUUGAGGAUUAUUCUUUAUAAGUCCUUGUAUUUCCUAUAAGGUGUGUGUAUUAGUGAUUAUCUUUGUGGAAAGCCCCUACAGGUUUUUAAGCCGAUGUGUAACUGUAUGAUAGUUUGAGUUAGUCCAUCAUGGCAGGCCAUGCAUUUUUGUUAUACUUUUUUCAUAAAUAGAGAGCUUUACCGGGGAGGAUAGUUAUCUCUGUAUGUACAAAUGUCCUUACCAUCGACCACACUAUUGCUCUUGUAACUGAAAGGAACGGUGAUGCCAAUAUCAUUCUGUGCCUAUAAACACCUUGUAUAUUGACUGACCAAAUUGCCAGUACAAUGUGCAGUAACUGGCAUGGCAUUAUGUAUUUGUGGAACCUUUGAUCUUUUCUUUGUCACUAAACAACCUGUAAAAGCUGUAAAACAGUCUACAAAGCAACAUACAAUAAAGAAGAAA